CGUAAAAAAAUGAAUAACCGUCAAAUUUAGAAAUGCUAAAAUGAAUCGGUCCUGCUUGAAGCCCGUAGCUGCCACAUUCUGUAUUUUCGAAGUGGUUGGCCACCCGCAGACGAAUGUGUGAGUUAGAGUGUGCAGUAAUGAUUCCCAGCAUUGUCUGGUGCAUUAUCUGACUUGGCGGACUAACAUUUUGCAAGUUUAAAUUUAUAAGCGCUUCCAUCUUCGAAUGUGUAAUGGAAAUUAAAUAAACGUUUUGAUAAUGCCACGACGUAGUACUUUAACUGGGCGUAAAGAGUCACGCAACAGAAAGCGCGCAACUGCUACGGAGACCUCUGCGCAGCGGAUUCAGCGCCAGCAAGCUGACAGGCAGCGAAAUGCCAGACGCAGAGCUGUUGAGUGUGUACCAAACACUCCUCUCGGAUCACUGGAGAGCGCUGCAGAAAACGCUGUCAGUUUACCUUGCGUUGUUGCGGAGCCCAUUGACGUUGUGCCCGCUAACGAUGGUCUGCCGUUCCUUCAUUCUGAAGGUGAUGCUGAUGUAGAACGCGAGGUUCGAGUUACUGUUCGCCGUCAAUCUUCGUCAAUAAUGGCUGCUAGGAGUUUUACGGACGAGUCGGUCGUGCCAACACACUCCCUUGGUCCUAUGGAUAAGUUGUGUUCGUUUUGUGAAGCCUUGAACUUCCCUGCGGGAAAGAAUUCCAAGUGCUGUCACAAAGGGAAAGUUUGUUUGCCUGGAUUAUCUAUCCCCAACGAGAUUAUUCAGCUGUUAACGGGCACGAACGCAGAGUCGAAAAACUACCGAGACAAUAUCAGAAAAUUCAAUUGUGCAAAUGCAUUUCUUCCUUUGGAGCAAAGCUCCCCCCGCCGCCCGGGCACGGUCCUUAUUCUUUUCGGAUACACGGCCAGGUUCAUCAUUUUGUUGGCGCAGCACAGCUAACCGCAGGAGCCUCCACGAAGUACGCGAGCCUUUGUUUCAUUGAUUCUGAGGAGGCUCUUAAUCAGCCUUUAAACCGCAGCGAAAACAAGAAGUGUAACCCUCUGAUUAUGGCUGAGAUCCAAAGAAUACUGGCUGUUAAUAAUCCAUACGCGCAUCUGUUUCGCCAUAUGAGCGAUGUGUAUAAGGAUAGUGAAAUGUUACCUGCCGAAAUGCGUGAUAUUUCUCUGGUGUUUCUGAAAGCAAAUGGUGCCGAUCCCCGAAGAUAUAACGAUCCACGGACUGGUGAAAUUGCAGCGGUGUUUGUGUCUCCAGACGGCGAACCACCUGCUGAGCGGGAUAUUGUGGUAUACGUCAAACAGGCACACCCCUCUCGGAUUUCCCCCCUGAGCCCUCAUUGUGACCCUUUGGUGUAUCCCCUACUAUUUCCUCGCGGAGAGUUUGGUUGGCAUCCGGAUUUGGUGCACGACCCGCUGCACAGGACAACGCAGCGGACGCGCGUAACGCAGUUGCAGUUUUAUUCUUAUCGCUUGGCUAUACGUUCUGGAUUCAGCGUAUUGCACGCGUCUGGCAAGCUAUUUCUGCAGUAUAUUGUUGAUGUUUAUGUCAGAGUGGAAGCAAACCGCUUGCAGUUCAUACGUCAGAACCAGAAGCAUCUGCGUGCCGAGUCGUAUGCCGGUCUGUUGGAUCAUGUUAACAGCGUUGCCGCUGAUAAUGAUGCUGCUGCUGGCAAAAUUGUUAUUUUACCAUCAUCGUUUAUCGGUAGUCCACGAAAUAUGCAGCAAAAUUACCAGGACGCUAUGUCCAUAGUUCGACGUUACGGAAAGCCUGACCUUUUCGUUACUUUUACGUGCAAUCCCAGAUGGCCGGAAAUCACGGGUAACCUCCGCAACAACGAAAAAGCAGAAUUCCGCCCGGACCUGAUUGCGCGGGUUUUCAAGUUGAAACUGGACGUGCUCAUGAAUGACAUUUUCAAGAAAUCCGUAUUUGGAACUGUCACGGCUUACGUUUACGUAAUUGAAUUCCAAAAGCGAGGCCUACCACAUGCGCACACCCUGUUAAUUUUAGCGGCGGAAUCUAAAUUCGUGAAUUGGACGACAUUGACAGGAUAGUAUGCGCUGAAAUUCCGGACUCUGAAGCAUUCUCGCGUUUGUUUGCAGCGGUGAGUUCGACAAUGGUGCAUGGGCCAUUUGGGACUAUCAAUCCCCAGUCACCUUGCAUGCAGAAUGGCAAAUGCACUAAAGGAUUCCCCAAAGAUUUCUCUUCUGUUACGAAAGAAAACAAGAGCGGGUACCCUGUAUACCAGCGAAGAGACGAUGGCAGAAAUAUAGUCAUUAACGGAAUUCCAGUCAGUAACCAGUGGACUGUGCCAUAUAAUAAGUGGUUGUCCAGCAAGUUUAACGCUCACAUCAAUGUUGAAGUAUGCACUACGGUUAAAUCGGUAAAUUACUUAUUCAAGUACGUGUAUAAAGGGUACGAUUGUGCCAACGUCCAAAUCACCCAGCAUUACCAGAGUGGCAACAACGAUACGCUCAACUGGAACGAAAUCGAUACGUUUUUAAAUGCCCGCUACGUUAGCGCUCCUGAAAAAGGAAAUGAGGUAACCGCAGCGGCAAGAGCGGCAAUCUCCCACACGAAGCUCACAGCUUACUUCCAACUCAACAGUGAUGAACCAUCUGCAAGGAAGUUUUACUAUACCGAUAUCCCGUUUACCGGGAGUUUUACUAUACCGUUUGUUUGGCUCAAGAGCGCGAAGAAGUGGCAGAAACGCAAGCGAGGAGGAGAAUCAGUAAUCGGACGGAUGUACGCCGUGUGGCCUUCGGAUCGCGAGAGAUUUUUUCUACGCUUGCUCCUACUUCAUAUAAAAGGAGCCACUUCUUUUGAAUCCCUACGAACCGUUAACGGAAUUCAGUGUGCCAGCUUUCACGAAGCUGCCAAAGCGCUGAAGUUGUUGGACGACGAUUCAGAAUGGAAUGCAAGCUUAGCGGAAGCCAGUUUGUCUAGCAUGCCGAAGGGACUUCGAGAGAUGUUUGCAUACAUUUGCGCAUUUUGUGUACCUGGUGAUCCUGUCGCCCUGUUUGACUUGCACAAAGAUAGUUUAACAGAAGACUAUCGCCGUACAUAUCCGGAGCAAGAGAGUAGCAACAGGGCGCUGUGGGAUAUCGAGUGCGUUCUGACGCAGCACGGACUUAGCUGCAAACAGCUAGGAUUUCCACAGCCCACGUGCCCGACAGAUAUUCCGACUGCCCAAUAUAACCUUGAAGAAGAAACAGCGGAAGCAAUGCGAUUGGAAACAACUUUAAAUCCAGAACAGCGCGCAUUUGUGUGUGAAGUGCUUUACGCUAUAGAUACGGGGGCGGGCGCAAGGCAAUGGUUCCUGGAUGGGCCUGGUGGUACAGGUAAAACUUAUGUAUACCGAUACCUUUCGCACACGUUACGAGGGCGUGGGAAAGAAGUUAUUGCGGUAGCCUGGACGGGAAUAGCAGCAACUCUACUUAAAGGCGGACGUACCUGUCACUCGGCGUUUAAGUUUCCGCUGAAUCUGGAUGAGACUUCGGUUUCCAGCAUCAAACCCGCCUCUCCGGAGGCCCGCCGACUGACCGAUGCUGCUUUGAUAAUAUGGGACGAAGCACCCAUGGCACCCAAAAUGCUCUUUCGACGCUUGAUCGGCUUCUGCGCGACCUAACGAGAAACGAUCAGCCAUUUGGGGGUAAAACUAUUGUUUUUGGAGGAGAUUUUCGGCAAGUGCUCCCAGUGGUACGGCACGGAUCGCGAACGAAAAUAGUCGAAGAAAGUAUCAAGAGAAGUUCUCUUUGGCCUUUCAUCACUGUCAGACGAUUGACAACUAAUAUGCGAACCGGGCCAGAACAGCAGGUUUUCAGCAAAUGGCUCCUUGAGUUGGGAGAUGGCAGACUUCAAACUGUCCCAGAUUUAACGGGAGACCUAAUUGAAGUUCCGACCGACUGUGUGUUUGAAGGUUCAGCUGUUGAUUUAGUAAAGGAAGUUUACGGGCAGACCAUUGACCCUUUGAAUGUUAUAGCCCUGGCUGACACCGCCAUUUUGGCCCCAAAAAACGACCAUUGCGCGGAGAUUAAUGACUACGUUGUAAAGCACUUACUGCCUGGAAACGGCCGAUCGUAUUUCAGUGUUGACUCAGUGGAAGCUGGAAAUGACGACGAUUUUGCAGAUUAUCCCAUUUAGUACAUUCACAGCUUGACGCCUGCUGGAUUGCCACCUCAUGGGCUUUUUCUUAAGCCGGGCACGGUAGUUUUGUUAAUGCGGAACUUCAAUGGGAAAUCGGAAUUGGUUAACGGAACCAGAAUGGUUGUUCGGUUUGUACAUGACAAUCACCUGGAUGUGGAAGUAUUGACAGGAGAAUGCUUAGGACAGCGCGUCCUUUUACCUCGCAUUGUCAUAACAACGUCCGAUCCUACAAUGCCGUUCAGUAUUAAGCGGAAACAAUUUCCUAUUCGCGUUGCAUUUGCCAUGACGAUUAACAAAUCGCAGGGACAGACACUGAAACGCCUAGGGCUGUAUUUACCAGAACCGGUAUUUUCUCACGGACAACUUUACGUGGCAUUUUCCAGGGUUUCUUGCUUUUCUGCUAUUAGAGUUAAAGUUGUUCCAGGACGAAUUCCCGGCAGAUCUGGAACCUAUACGCGCAAUAUAGUGUUUUCUGAAGUUUUAGCGCCGUUAACAUAAUCUAUAGUAAUCAGCCAGACGAAGAUAGGCUUGAAGAUCCACUUUUCCAGAUUGAUGGUUUACAAAGUUGCAGGCUAACGGAUGCAGUCUUUGUUAACGUCAGCACCACAGAUGUAUCGCAGAUUGAUAUCAUUCAGAG